AUGCAGCUAAUGCUGCGAUACAUAUGUCUCAGAAAUGCGGCUCUAAAUAUUUCCUGCACAAUUCGCGGCGAAUAUAUAAAGUCACUGCUGCGACAAGAUGCUGCAUGGUUCGACCAGCAAAAAGCAGGCACACUUACCGCUCAGCUUAAUGAAAAUAUCAACAAAAUCAGAGAUGGUAUUGGCGAUAAAGUGGGCCUGAUUGUGCGCAAUACCACGAUGUUUUUAACUGGUAUUACAGUCGGCUUUAUCUACAACUGGAGAGUAACGCUGGUCUUGUUCGGUACGGGACCUGUAUCGGCCGCACUACUUUCCUUCAUGGCACGGGUGCGUCUUUUGAUUCAAAUCCGAUGA